AUGGGCGGCUCUGAACUUUCGCUGCUGGAUGGAGUGUCGCACGCGCGAAAUGCGCCGCACGAUGCGCGAGAUGCUGCGCAUGACUUUGCUGGCGAGUGCCACGAGUCGCAGUGCUUAAAACGGGGGCCCGCCGGAGCGUUGGUCGCGAAGGAGUGCACGGUUUGCUUGAGUGACUUUAUCGAAAGGGAUUUGGUUCGCACUUUGCCCUGCGCGCAUCGGUUCCACGUCAGCUGCAUCGACCACUGGCUCGCCGACAGGACCACCUGCCCAGUAUGCCGGGUAGAUCUUUCUACGGCAGCGUCGGAUGUGACUGUCAACGACGUGACAACGGAGAGGCAGAUGACGGAGGCGAUUAACUCUGGUUCGCGAUCAGGAGCAGUGUCCCUUUCGGUGCCUUGUUUUUCCGUUUUCCAGUGCCUGAAAGUUUCAGGUUAG